AUGACAAUGAGACCUUUCUCCGUCUCCAAGAGCUCAGUAGGGAGCUCCUCCCUUCUUGGUUACACCAUAAUCUUCAUUUCUCUUCUUGUUCACAAGUUGGACUCAGUACACUUUUCAGUGAUUGGACCCGAUCGCCCUAUCACUGCUUCUGUAGGUGAUGAAGUCAGAUUAGCCUGCCGCUUGUCACCCAGGAUGAGUGCUGAGAACAUGGAGGUGAGAUGGUACCGGGCUCAGUUUUCUUCAGUUGUGCACCUGUACCGUGAAGGGAAGGAUCAGUAUCCGGAGCAGAUGUCAGAAUAUCGGGGAAGGACAGAGUUUCUGAAAGAGGGCCUGGCUGAUGGAAGAGUUGCCUUGAGGAUAGGCAAUAUCAGACUCUCUAAUUCAGGGCUGUACGCAUGUUUCUUUCGAUCAGAGUUCUCAUAUCAAGAAGCUGCAUUGGAACUACAGGUAUCAGUUUCAGGUACUAAUCCCCUGAUCUCUAUUGAGGGUUACCAGGACGGAGGUAUCCAAAUGGUGUGUCGAUCGGGAGGAUGGUAUCCAGAGCCUCAGUCACUGUGGAAGGAUCUCAAAGGACAGCCUCUCCCAUCAUUGCCUGGAAAAUGCUUCCGUGAUGAAAAUGGGCUGUUUCAGACUGAAUCGGUACUUAUUGUAACAGAAAAUUCCAACCAGAAUCUGACCUGCACAAUCAGAAACAACAUCCUGAAUGAAGAAGAAGUAUCAAGCGUUUAUAUAGCAGAUUCUUUUUUCCCAAAGGUCUCCCACGUGACAGUGAUUCGCCUGUCACUAAACCUGUUGGUUUUGGGUUUUUUCAUUCCCUUGCUUAUUUACUGUUUACGGAAGCAACACAAAGAAAAAGGUUAUCUGGAAACUCUGCCCCUUUGUAAACCAAGCGUGGAAGAGAGCCGCAGCCUUCAGAUACUUAAAACCGUCCCUCUGGAAGAGGCAUCUUGA